AUGCUUGGAACUCUGGGAUCGAUACUCUUCAGUUGUAUUGCACUCUAUGUCAUUAACUCCUUGGUGAAAUUUUGGAGUGCACUUCGCUCUAUUGGUCAUCUUUCAGGCUACCGUGUCGCAUUCUCCCAGCACAGUUUAGUUUCUCUAUUGGGGAAAAUACGCGGGAUUACACCUGGAGGCAACCACUUCUUUGAGGACAAACAUGAUACUUUCCAAGAAUGGGACAUAAACUCGGUGGUGUCUGCCUUUCCAGAGCCAUUGAUCACUCUUACCGUAGCUGAUGCGGAUGCCAUCAAAGAAAUGACUUCUUCCAGAGCUCGCUUUCCAAAACCUGUAUUUCAAUAUAAGGUUUUGACUUUCUUUGGACGCAACAUUGUCGCAUCCGAAGGGGAGGAGUGGAAGAAAUACAGGAAAAUAUCUGCUCCAGCAUUUUCUGAUCGUAACAACAAAUUGGUUUGGGAUGAAACUAUACUGAUAGUGAACUCUCUGUUCAACGACGUCUGGAAAGAUAAAGACAUCAUUUCUCUUGAUCAUUGCGUUGACAUUACGCUUCCAAUUGCACUCGCUGUUAUCAGUGCUGCAGGAUUUGGAAAAAGAAGUUCGUGGUUUGACGACGAUGAAAUACCGAAUGGCCAUAGCAUGACGUUUAAACAGUCCCUGCAUAUUGCGUCUACCGAUAUCUUUUUCAAAUUCUUUUUUUCGGGCACAAUAUUAAGAUAUGGCACUGCUAGGAUGCGAAACGUGCAAAUUGCUUUUGAUGAAUUAAGUCUUUACAUAUCAGAAAUGAUUAAAGAGCGACAAUUAUCAGAGAAAGUAGAGCGCUAUGACUUGUUUUCCAGCUUGUUAGAAGCCAACUCCGACGAUGGCGAAGAGGUUCGAUUGACGGAAAGUGAAUUAAGGGGCAACAUUUUUAUCUAUCUUAUUGCGGGACACGAAACUACCGCCCACACCCUUUGCUUCACUUUUGCACUUCUUGCCUUCCACGAAGAUGAACAAGAAAAGCUAUACCAACAUAUCAAAUCCAUUUUGUUAAACGGUCAAAAUCCGUCGUAUGAAGAUAUGCCACGAUUGACUUACUCUAUGGCUGUCUUUUAUGAGACCCUCCGCCUUUUCCCACCUGUUGUCAAUAUUCCCAAAGUGGCUGGCGAAGACACUGUACUUACUGUGGGCAAUGUUCACGGCGAAAAACGAUCCUUCCCUAUCGCCAAAGGAACUCGUGUAGCUAUAAACACACCUGGCCUUCACUUUAAUCCUCGCUACUGGGAUGACCCUACAUCAUUCAAACCUUCGCGAUUCUUGAAGUCAGACUGGAAUCGUGACGCUUUCCUCCCUUUCAGUGCAGGUGCUCGUGCAUGCCUGGGAAGAAGGUUCUUUGAGACGGAAGGGAUAGCAGUUCUGACGAUGUUGGUGUCCCGCUACAAGAUCAGUAUCAAACAAGAGCCACAGUUUGCUGGGGAGACCAUCGAACAAUGCAAGGAGAGAGUUUUUAGAACGAGCAACAUGCUGACUUUAACGCCUGUCCGAGUUCCAUUAACUUUCACUCGGAGGACAUAG